GUCAUCAGUAAAUCGGAUCGGCUGCCUUCACUACGCUACACGUUGAAUGGACUUUACCGCAAUUUACAAACAAUCUGCAUCGCUCGUCGCAUUCAGCUCCGCCGGGAACUUGAUCCUCACUGCUGCUCAGGACAGACUCAUCGUACGGCGCACGGAUACCUUCCAAAUCGUUCGCACCUGUGCUAUUGACGCGUCCCCGUCGCCAACCAACGCGUCGCUUCCUCAGCAAAAAACGUUACCCGGCGAUAAUCGCAUUUCCCAUGCGGCGUGGUCCUCAGAUUCGGAGUAUAUGCUUGCGGCGUGUGCAAAAAAGGGCGUAGUGCAUGUUUAUAAGCUUCACGAUGAGCAAUGGCAUGCGCGUGUCGACGCUGGCACUGAAGGUCUGGCAAAGGCGGAAUGGGCCCCCGAUGGACGAUCCAUUCUUUGUUUUUCGGAAUGGGGCUUGCGAGUCACUAUCUGGUCAUUGGUCACAGGCUCAGCGACAUACAUUCAAUUUCCUUUGCAUCCCGACAGAGGAUAUGCGUUCCGGUCGGACGGUCGUUACUUUGUCCUUGCGGAGCGGCAUCGAUCCAAAGAUACAAUGGGCCUCUAUGAUGCUGCUGAUCGUUUCAAAUUAGCUAGGCACUUUCCUCUGCCGACAACCUCCUUAUCAUCAUUCGUAUUGUCCCCGAAUGGUAAUCACCUUGCAGUGUGGGAGGGUCCUCUUGAGUACAAAAUAUUUAUUCUGACUUUGGCUGGUGACGUUCUUGCAACAUUCAACCCUGAUCCGGACCCAGGUUUUGGUGUCCGUAAUGUUGCCUGGCAUCCCUCCGGCAACUUUCUGAUUGUUGGAGGUUGGGACGACAAGGUGCAUAUUCUUGACAGCCUUAGUUGGUCGCCCAUACGUACCUUGGAGCUUUCAAGCCGAAUACCACCUGGCGUGAACGUGUGGCGGGAACCUGCCGACUGGUUAACGACGACUGGGGGUCGAGGCUUUUUGUCAUAUGAAAAACUCCCUUCCCCUCAUUCGAUUACGCUAACUAAACCUGAUCAUACUAAACCCAAUCCCAAAAGCGGUGUCAUCCAAAUGGAAUGGAAUCUGACUGGUAGCUUUCUUCUGGUACGCUUUGAAACAACGCCGACGAUUAUGCAUAUUUUUGAUUUCCCCGCUCCUGAUGCGGCUUUCGUGCCACGUCUACGGAGUCUACUUAUACAUUCCCGCCCAGUGAGGAGUGCGAAGUGGAAUCCGAAACGCAAAGGUUGCUUGGCAGUCUGUUGCGGGAGCCCUAGUCUGUACAUUUGGAGCGACGAAUGGGUCGGGGAGAGUGGAACUGAAGAGGAAAUAGCGGAAUGUGUAGGCGUACCCGCAAAGAACUUUGACGCUCGUGAUCUUCGGUGGGCGCCAGAUGGUAAAGGACUGAUUCUACUUGACAAAGAAACCUUCUGUUGUUCAUUCGAGGUCGAGGAUGACGCAUGAUAUGAAGCCAUAUCUUGUAAUAUUAGCCACCGCUUGACUUUCCUUUUUGCCAUUGUCUCUAAUUUUUACUCUCACGGUUUGAGUGAUUGUUAACUCGCCAAUCUAUAAAAUCUCGAAAUUGGGUUACACCGUGACUACAACGUUUUAACCCAGCUCAACAGAUCACUGUUAAGUUCGUCCUUCUUAUCCCAAACUACCCAAUGUCCACUGGCAUACUCAUGAACAGUCGUAUUCUUACAAUUAUCAACGGUUUCCUUCAUGUUGAUAGCAUUGAUAGCUACACUGUCUUUCAAUGCACCACCAUAGAAGAC